AUGCAAAUUUCUAGCACCUUGACUCGGGCAGAAACAUGGCGCCUACUACUUCUUGUGGGGAUUAGUCUCGGCGUGUUGGCUAACACGUUCCAGGGCGAUGGUGCUCCCUUGAUAGCCUCGAUUGCUCUGUCCUUGAUAUCAUUUGUUGUGGCAUUCAGCAUGAUCCGGUGGCUUGGUCCGGUGUUCAUCAAGGCGGGCUUGAAGGGCAAAGAUAUGGCCAAGCCAAGAAAGCCGGAAAUACCUGAAACCAUGGGAGCUGUGUGCGCCGUGGUUUAUUUAAUAGCCUUGAUUGUGUUCAUUCCAUUUGCCUUUUACAAGGACAUCGUCGCGGCCACAUCGGGUGGAGGAAACCGCGACGUGGUUAUUGAAGAUCAGCACAUUGAGCAUGGUCGCUAUCUUCACAGGUUUCCCCACGGAAAGCUUGCAUCAUACCUAUCAGGUCUACUGUCUUUGCAAUCCAUCGUUAUUCUCGGAAUUGGCGAUGAUUUGCUCGAUAUCCGAUGGAGACAUAAGGUCUUGAUUCCUGCAUUUGCAGCGGUUCCCAUGCUCAUCGUGUACUUUGUUGACUUCGGUGUCACUCAUGUUGUGGUACCGGUACCUUUUCAACAGUAUCUGGGAGAUUUCAUAGACCUUGGAUGGCUAUAUUACAUGUAUAUGGCAGCAGUGGCGAUCUUCUGUCCGAAUGCCAUCAACAUGCUCGCAGGUAUUAACGGAAUUGAGGUUGCGCAGUCAAUUGUCAUUGCGGUCCUGUUGCUUUUCAAUGACGCUAUGUACCUGGCACCGAUUACGCCAUACCCUCACCCAGCUACGGACUCGCACCUAUUCUCCAUCUACUUCCUGCUACCUUUCAUUGGUGUAUCAGCCGCACUUCUGUGUCACAACUGGUAUCCAUCUAAGGUAUUCGUGGGAGAUACCUACUGCUACUUUGCGGGCAUGGUGUUUGCCGUUGUGGGCAUUUUGGGUCAUUUUAGCAAGACCUUGCUCUUGCUGUUUAUUCCCCAGAUCUUCAACUUUCUGUACUCGACUCCACAACUAUUCCACAUCAUUCCCUGUCCUCGCCAUCGGCUUCCCAAGUUCAAUGCCGCGACUGGAUUGUUGGACACCUCCGUCACUGAGUGGACAGUCCCGCCAUCUCCGUUGAUCGCAAUAGUAUUGGAUCUUCUAGCAAAAUUCCGCCUUAUCCGUCUUGUCAAGAAUAAGGAAGGUCAAAUUGUCGAGUCCACAAAUUUGACCAUUUUGAAUCUUUGGCUUGUGUGGAUGGGGCCUAUGAGGGAAGACACCCUUGCAUGGCACAUGGUUGGAGUGCAGAUUGCUUGUGGGCUACUAGGAUUGUUUGUUCGGCACCGGCUGGCCUUGCUUGUGUUCAACACCGACAACCGCACGUUUCAGUCAAUGGCGUAA